AAAUUUUAACACUUACUUUAAUUAACAAAAGUUGUGGUCCUGGUACGUGGCUUCUCGACAUGUCAACAACAUAUCAAAAAUCCACAUUCAUUGGCAUAGAUAUUUCUCAAAUAUUUCCGACUGGUAUCAAACCUCCAAACUUAACUUUCCACACAGUAAAUGUCUUAAAAGGCCUACCGUUUCCUGACAAUCAUUUCGAUUUCGUUUACAUGCGAAACUUAAUAAUAGCAUUUACCGGGGACGAAUGGAAUACAGUAAUUGGUGAAUUGAUCAGAGUAUUGAAACCCGGAGGGUGGAUAGAGUUAAUGGAAGGCAAUAUGGAAUUUGAAGGGGAAGGUGCUUGUGCGCAAGUUUUGUUGG